AUGGCGACUAGUUGUAAAACGAUUGCAAAGGAUAGGAUUAUAAAUGAAAUAUGUAGACAGGUCAAUCCAGAGAAGAACAAUGGUUGGAAGAUUAUGGUCGUAGAUCAAGAUGCAUUGCGUAUCAUAUCUGCAUGCUGUCAGAUGUUUGAUAUCACUGAGGAGAAGAUCACAGUUGUCGAGAAGCUUGAGAAUCAAAGACAGAGACUACCAAAUGUAGAGGCAAUAUACUUCCUAACACCUACGACCAAGUCGAUUGAUAGACUCAUUGAGGACUUUAAGAAGAAGGGUUCACCACAGUAUGCUGCAAUCCAUCUGUUCUUCACUUCAAAACUACCUGAUUCAGAGUUUAGGAAAUUGUCAACAUCAAAUGCAGUGCAGAGAGUCAGGACAAUGAAGGAGAUGAACCUUGAGUUCCUUGCUUAUGAAUCACAGGUGUUCCACUUUGAUCAGAAACACGCUCUCAACCCUCUCUUCUCACCAGAUGCUGUGAACCCAGUGGAGGAACAAGCCAAGAUUGCUGUCAGAUUGGCAUCAUUCUGUGUUACAAUGAAUGAACUACCAGUGAUUAGAUACUCUAGAUCAAACAUGGUGGCUGCUGUAGUGGCUGGUAUGACUCAGGAUCGUUUGAAUGAGGUUGCAAAGAUCAAGACCUUCCGUCCAAGCGAUGACAGAUCAACGUUGCUCAUUCUCGACAGGUCGCAGGACCCAAUCGCUCCACUGCUGCACGAGUUCACCUACCAGGCAAUGGUGUGCGAUCUGUUCAAGAUUGAGAAUGACAAGUACACCUACGACUCGGUCACCAACAAUGGUGUGGUCAAGAAGGACGCGCUGCUCAAUGAGUCUGACUCGUUCUGGACACAUCUGCGCCACAAGCACAUUGCCGACGUCAGCGACUAUCUCAAGACCAGACUGGACGAGUUCCUGCAGACUAACCAGGUGUCGCAGUACUCGCAGCACAACACAGGCUCGCUGAAGGAGGCCAGCGAUGUCGUCAGAAACCUGCCACAGUACCAGGAGAUCAUGUCCAAGUACGCACUGCACAUCAACUUGGCCGAGCAGGCAUCACAGCUCUUCAACGACCAAAUGGCCAACAUGGCCUACCUCGAGCAAGACAUGGCAACUGGCGAGGACUCCAAAGGCAACACACCCAAGAACAUUGUUGGAAGAUUGUCCACAUUCCUCAGUGAUCCAGUACUUGAUAAGAAUGAUAAGGUUCGUCUCUUGAUGCUGUAUAUCAUCUCCCAAGAGGGAAUCAAGGACGCAGACCGUCGUAAGCUGAUGGACCUGGCAGGACUCAGCCUGGAGGAUCAAUCGUCGAUCGCCAACCUCUUCUAUCUGGGCGUCACCAUGAUGAAGGGCGCCAAGGGCAAGCAAAAGACCCAGCUCCCCAAGCAGAGGAAGCAGGACGACGGCAGUGUGCCCUACGAGGUGUCUCGUUUCGUGCCCACCAUCAAGGAUAUCGCCGAGAGCUUGGUCAAUGAGAACCUGCCGGAGGAGGACUUCCCCUACGUGAUGGGCAACCCCAUUGUCAAGUCCACCUCGGCACCAGUCAGCAAGGUGUCGCUAAAGGGCAGAAGCAACCAGCCACACUGGGCCGACCCCCAGGCACAGAAGGAGGAGAUCAAGUAUUCAGGCAGCAAGUUAAUCAUCUUUAUGCUGGGUGGCAUGUCAUACUCUGAGAUGAGAUCCAUCUAUGAGAUUGCUGCCUACUACAAGCGUAACAUAUAUAUUGGAUCCACUGGCAUGUUGGUCCCCAACGAGUAUGUUGGCGAUGUCAAGUCACUCAAGAAGAUGAAUGAUAACAUCGGUAACUAA